UGUAGACUUUGUAAGUCUCCAUCAGAGAUGUUACUGCAGGAUGUCGUCGUUAAUGCAAUGGGAUUUUUCUUUCAUUUUCUUUUAGGGUGAGGGUUGGGGGGGGUUGGUUCUUGUUCUAUUGCAACUGGUAUGGCUUGGCUGGUCAAAUGGCUUACUUGUUAACAUUUCUAUGAGGUUUAUGGCUCUUGACAUUCUACAUUAUGACCCAUUUUAUAUUGGGCUUUCUUUGUGAAGACCGGAUUAGUCGUCAGUUGUACAUGUAUGAAGUUGUACCUGAAUCUGUAUGUGUUGUGCUAUUAUUGAUUUUGUUAAUGGGUUAUCAAGUGGUGCAUCUGUUAAAAGCAGAAAUUAGGAUAUUAUUUAUCAAAUUUUGAAAUGCGUGUGUAUGUGAGGUAGCAUUUGUAGUUAGGACAUGGUGAAAGAAUAAUGUAAAGAAAGCACCACUGACAUGUUGCAAUGUUCAAAAUCCUAUCAGCUUUCUCAGUCUAAGAGUGGCUCUACAUAUCAGGUUUUUAGCACUAUCCUACAAAUUUUAACAGCAGUUUCUAUAUCUUAAUGUUCUUUACAGCGGUAUCUCAGUUGAUAGCAGACAUAGAUUCGCAGAUUUUCUGGUUCAUAGAUGUGCAGUGGAUGUGAUGUAAAACGUUUAAAUGAUCAUAUGUUGAAAGAUAGUACUAAUGCUCCAGGGAAAAGAAUAGCUUCUUCAACCGUGUCAGUUUGGAAAGGAUGUUUUUACAUUUUACUUUUAUGUUUCUACUGUUAGUCAAUUGGUUUGCUAGUAUAAAGUUUUUGUUUUCAAGUAAUCUGUAGUCUUUUGUCAGAAUGUGCAAAAGAAAUCUAAAAAUGUUUACACUAAUUCCGGAACUACAACAUGCUGCUUUGACAAGAUACAGGAAUAGCAAGAUAUUGUUGGAAACAAGGUAACCCAGUAAACAGAUAAGCCAACUUGCUACUUAAUUUGGACUCUUCUUGGAGAUUUAUCCAGGAAAAAGUGCACCAGCAGAUGCUAAAGGAACAAGUUCAGGACUUCAUUAAACUGCUGAGCACCUUCAGGUGGAUCAUAUAUGUUUUUACUUUCUCGAACAUGGUGGUGUGGUUGCCGAUUUUAAAUUCUGUAAUUGGCUUUUAGCAAGCAAUUUGUAGCUGGUAGUCAUAUCUACUCUGAUCCUCCAUGUAUUGCCCUGGUAAAUUUGCUGUUUUACAACUUUUUCUUUCAUGAACUUUGACCUAUAGCCUAAAGGGCCCUUUAAUUGGAAGGAUUUUGGGGAAAAAGCAGAGAUUUAAAAAAAAAAGUGUCAAAUUGGCUGUUGGAAAAUUUCCACAUGUUAAGGUUUUCAGAGUUUUAGAAAAUUGGAGAUAAGAUUUUUGUGCUUUUAGAAUGUUAUGUUUUUUAUUGAUCAAAUUCUUUUAUUUUUUUUUCUUUCAUUUCUUUGGUAUCUAGUGGUAGUUAGUAACACCAUUAGUUUCUAGUUCGUUUAGUGAACGAGUUUUUAGAUGAGUCGUUGUCUAUUACAUUGUUGUGCUUCUUUGCCCAUGUCUAUGGUUUACUCUGUUGUCGAGUACUCCGUUCUUUAGACACGAAUUUUAGCAUAGGAGCUGUAAAAAAUUCUAUAUUGUUGAAAUUCAGGAUCCUUUGGAUUAAGUUCUUAAGGUUCAAAAUUGUACAAUCUUUUACACUGAAAAUCAGUAUCUUUCGGGGAUCCGAAUAUCAUGUUCAAAUUUUUUUUUGUGAGAUUUGAUACUAAAUCUUGUGUAGCAAUAGCAGUAAAACUGAAAAUCCAGCAUUCCACUGUUCUGAUAUAUCAAAUCCCUUCUUUUCAGAAAUCCUGUGAACUCCUCGAGUCUUUAUUUGCGGUCAAAAGUAUUUUUGUUCUUUUUAUGUCCCUUAGGGAACAGAGGUUGGAGUAUUCUUUUUCACUUUAACUUUGUACAGUAGCCUCAGAAUUUGAGAGUUACUUUGAAGACAUCCUGAUUUUGUGUUACUUGAUUAGUUUUGCUUGGAGAGGCCUUCUAGUGUUUGAAUGACUCUUUGAGUACCAGAUCAUCACUAGGUUAUUAUGAUUGCAGCAAUUUAGUCUGUUCUUUGAGUAUUAGUUUUUGUUAUUUGGGGUGUAUAGAUGGAAGUUACCAUGGAUGUUGUCAAUGGCUGAUUCCUUUGGCAGUCACGAAGUAACUACAUCACCUGUGCUGAAUUUAUUUUAUUUUAUUUUAUGAAUUAGUUACUUUUUGCAGGGUCAGUAUUUAAGUUUAACGAAGUUAAAGUGCCUCAAGUUCCUAGUCUGUGCAAUGAAGACCAGGUUUAGGAAGAGAUGUGGAACUCAGGAAGUAAAAGUUGAUAAGGGAACAGUGAAAGCAUCAGGGAGCAAUAUGGAUGUCGUUGCUUUGAAGGAAGAUGUCAACAAGCAAGAUGAGAGCAUUGUCAUCGAGGGAAAGGCUACUUCAGAGCCAAGUGAGCAGGAAGUGCAUUACAAGGUCCAGGGAAAUGAAGAAGCUGAAAUGCGAAAUGUUGCCGGAGAGGAGCAGAAUCUUAAUGUUACAAAGGAGCUGAAAAAGAGAAAGCGCAGUGUAGAUGUCGAAUUUGCUAUCGUAUCUCCUACUGACAAAUGUUCAUCCAGACUUUGCCCAAGGAAGGAGGUACCUUCAUUCCAGAUGGUGGAUUUGAAUGAGAACAACAUUGAAAGGAUUGUGGGGAUGAGAAUAAAGGUUUACUGGCCAGAAUCGCAAAAAUGGUUUGCAGUAAGAAUUAAAUCCUUCAAUAGGGAGAAGAUGCUUCAUACUGUAAACUAUGAUGAUGGUGACGUAGAAGAGUUGCAGUUGAAGAAAGAUAAAUUUGAACUUGAGGUCAAGCCUAAAGAUGGUUUUCACAUAAAGCAGAACUUCACUCUAGAAAAAGCAAGAAGGAUGUCAGUGGUCAUGUGGUUGGGAAAACAAGUAUUAGCCAAGAAAGGAUCUCGGUGGAGAUGUGGUUGCCAAUGUGAGUUUUAGCCAGGAGCAUGCUAAGGUCAAGGAUGAAGCAGAGAUAGAAGGAGAAAGGAAGAAGGAUCUCAGUGGUGAUGUGGUUGCUAACAGGAUUUAUAACCAAAAGUAUGAUAAGGUGAAAAAUAAUAGCGAGAUAGGAGAAAGGAAGAAGGAUCUCGGUGGCGAUGUGGUUUCCAACACAAGUUUUAGCCAGGAGUAUGAUAAGGUCAAGCAUAAUUCAGAGAUAGGAGGACAGGGUCCUAAAACUGUAGUAUCAAAGGAAGAUAUGGAAUCUAAUCCAGGGGAACAACAGCCAGCUGAUAACAACAGUGAGAGAGAUGAGAAUCAGGUAGGUUCUGCAAGGCAAAAUGCCAGGUUCGCUGAUGUAGAUGGAAGCAGAAAGCAUUGAGUUGUCAGGAACAGACGUAAGUGACCACUAAAUUAUUGCUGAAACUAACUGAAAGAGGUUGAACACCAUUUCUAGCAAAAGAAUAGCUCACAUAACAUGGAGAAGCACCUCUAAAAGACUUUUUACUUCUGAUCCCUACAGAAUGCCAUCCACCAGAAUCCUGAAUGUUGGAAGGAUGAUAUCCGACCUAGUCCAGUCCCUUUGCUUUUUGGAUACUUUUGUCUGGAAACCAGAUGAAGUACAUGGUUAUAUCAUUUUGAAAGAAACCUUAGGAUUAACUUUUUUAUGAAGUAGACCAAUUCCGCAAGUAUCUAUCUGUUUAUGUUAUAAAUCUCCUUUGAAGUAUGAACUAUAUAGUUAUAUUAUGUGUAUGAAUCUACAUUUUUCUUUCAA